CAUUUUGAAAAAGCACAGUGAGCAUCACCUGCAUGGAAGAUGGACACCACCACACAACGACGUCCUCCAAGCAACCAGGGCUUGCACCAGGAAGAUUGAUUGAAUUCUGACUGAGUGGAGCUUUUGGAACAAGCAAGCGACACCAUGUGGAAGAGUUUAUUGGGAAACAUCUCUCCAUCUGUGAAUUUGUCCACUAUAACAGCAGCGCUGAACGAGCCAGAUGAUCCAAUACUGGUACCGACAGAAGAAGAGGAAUUCCCCCACUCAACAUCUGCACCAUCAACAAAUGCACCAGCACCCGUACAUUCCACCAUCGACCAUUCCGAUGGAUUCUUUACUCCACCCAAGCUUCCACCGUCACCUCGUGUGGUUCAGCGAAGCAACGAUUCUGCCAGUGAUCGAGAAAUCAUUGCCGCUCGAAUUGGACUCGGGUCUCUCAGAACAAAAACACCCAGUCGACAAAAUUCCAGCCGCAAUGAACCCCUCAUGGAAACACAAACACGUGACUGCAUCUCCCUGGUGGAGACUGCCAAGAGUGGAGGAAUUGCCACUCUGCUGAUAUUUGAACACUCGCCAGCAGGAAAGAGACACACUCUGGAGGCUGUGCUGCCCGUAGUCACCGAACGCAUAUUUUCGUCAUUGCCGGUCAAUCAUAGUGUGAAAGUCACCAUCGUGGAGCUCUGUGGGAAUCUGUGCGUGGAUCUGCUCGAUGAAGAAUCGCCGUCUCCAGUCAGAGUCCUUGACACGGACGAUGGUUCGGUCAAAUAUGUGGGAGCUCUGUCCAAGGUUGUUGCUACACCGGAAGCGCUUUUUGAUGACAUUGUCACCGCCAUGGGACGUACAAACGGUAACUUUGGAGGAAAGGGCAACAGCAACAACAAAGAUGGUGGUUGGUUCUCUCGUCAUUUAAUCUGCCGCAUCGUUAUUCUGCCACCUCCCGAGGCUCCUUCAUCGAUUCGGAAAGGCACCUUAACUUUGCUAGAUUGCACCGGUCCCUCCAGCAAAGUGGAUGCCAGUAUGCGGGUGCUCAAAGAGUGUCUUCGCGCCUCCAAAUACGCCGGAAGCACAAUUGGUGGCAACAUCAGCAGCAACAACGACAACAAUGGUCCACCCUACUCCCAUAGUACCGUAACUCGCUGUUUGAGGGAAGGCCUGCGGGAAGAUGCCACUUUUCAUGUCAUUGAGGCCGACAAUCCAGAUCAAACCGCGCCAACCUUGAAAAACACGAAUUCCUAUGAAAGCAUUUUUUCAGAUGAUUCAUCAUCACCAACGAGCGGCAAUACAACACCAAAGGUACUGCCAGUACCUCCCAGAAGGUGGGACAACACAAGCCUCUGCGACUGGCUCGUUAGCAGACAUCUCAUAGACGACCGGGCAUCGGUUCCACGGAACUUGACAGGGACUGUUGCUAUGAAAAUGACCAAGGUAGAGUUGCAGAUGGCUCUGUAUGGCAACACAGAUUACAAAAAGGCAGACCGUCUCUAUCGAUGUCUUCGGUCAGAGACGGACAGAGUUGCACGUCUAGAGGUGAAGAAAAGGAUGCGUUGCAAUAGGGUGCAGAAUGAAUGAAUGAAUGAUGACCCUCUAAGUCAAGCCAUAAAGUACGUCUAUAGACACUAGUUUUGUUCUUC